AUGGCCGCCGCUAAAGCGAUCCCCUCCCACCUGAGGGCUCAAGCAGAAUCUGGCUCCCAGGGCGAUUCUGCUUUUGAGCGCAAACACCACGGAAAGUCCCAGUCGCACAUGGCCUUCGAAAAUGCCUCCACCAGUGUGGCGGCCUCGCAGAUGCGCAAUGCCUUGAAUGCGCUCUCCGAAACCGUCGAGGACCCCAACAUCAAGAACCGCUUCGAGGCCGAGAUGGACAACUUCUUUGCCCUCUUCCGCCGCUUCCUCAAUGACCGCGCCAAGGGCAAUGCCGUCAACUGGGACCGCAUCGCUCCCCCCCAGCCCAGCCAGGUCGUUGAUUACGCCGACCUUGGCAACUCCGCCUCGGUCGAGUUUCUCAACAAGCUGGCCGUCCUCAAGCUCAACGGUGGUCUCGGUACCUCCAUGGGCUGUGUCGGCCCCAAGUCCGUCAUCGAGGUCCGCGAGGGCAUGUCCUUCCUUGACUUGUCCGUCCGCCAGAUCGAGUACCUCAACCGCACCUACAACGUUAACGUUCCCUUUGUGCUCAUGAACUCCUUCAACACCGAUGAUGAUACCUCUAGCAUCAUCAAGAAGUACGAGGGUCACAACAUCGACAUCAUCACUUUCAACCAGUCCCGCUACCCCCGUGUGCUGAAGGACUCAUUGCUCCCAGCCCCCAAGAGCUUCGACUCCCAGAUCUCCGACUGGUACCCUCCCGGCCACGGUGACGUCUUCGAGUCUCUGUACAACUCCGGAACCCUCGACAAGCUCCUCGAGCGCGGUGUUGAGAUCCUCUUCCUUUCCAAUGCCGACAACUUGGGUGCUGUUGUUGAUCUGCGCAUUUUGCAGCACAUGGUUGACUCCAAGUCUGAAUACAUCAUGGAAUUGACCGACAAGACCAAGGCUGAUGUCAAGGGUGGUACCAUCAUUGACUACGACGGCCGCGUCCGUUUGCUCGAAAUUGCCCAGGUGCCCAAGGAGCACGUCAACGAAUUCAAGUCUAUCAAGAAAUUCAAGUACUUCAACACCAACAACAUCUGGAUGAACCUCCGCGCCAUCAAGCGUGUUGUGGAAGAAAAUGAGCUCGAGAUGGAGAUCAUUCCCAACGAAAAGUCCAUCCCCGCUGACAAGAAGGGAGAGGCCGACCUGUCCAUCAUUCAGCUCGAGACCGCCGUCGGUGCCGCCAUCCGCCACUUCCGCAACGCUCACGGUGUCAACGUUCCCCGUCGCCGCUUCUUGCCCGUCAAGACCUGCUCUGACCUCAUGCUUGUCAAAUCCGACCUUUACAGCUUGCAGCACGGCCAGUUGGUCAUUGACGCCAACCGUUUCGGCGGCGCCCCUAUCAUCAAGCUUGGAUCUGACUUCAAGAAGGUGUCUGAUUUCCAGAAGCGCAUUCCUAGCAUCCCACGCAUUGCUGAGCUGGACCAUCUUACAAUCACUGGUCCCGUGAACCUGGGCCGCAACGUCACUCUUAAGGGAACCGUCAUCAUUGUUGCUACUGAAGGCAGCACGAUCGACGUCCCCCCUGGUUCUGUUCUGGAGAACUGUGUCGUCCAAGGCAGUCUGAGAAUCUUGGAACACUAA